UUGAGUUGAGGUUGAGCCGAUAAAUAAAUACUUUUGUUUUCUGAAGCUGUGGUGUUGAUUAUUUUUUAAUUUCAUCUUCAAGAUGGAAGAAUUCGAUUCUAUAAAGCCUUUGGAAAAUUUAAAUAUCGAAGAAGUUUGUCGUGCAUGUUUUGAAACAUGUGAACAAUACAAAAUUCUUUUCGAUGAAUCUGAAUGCAUCGAUAAACGAACAUUGGGCGAUGUCUUCUUUGACGUUGUGAAAAUUGAAAUGAAGGCAAACGCUGAAACACCACCUUGUCGAAUUUGUCUGACAUGUUCGAAUGACCUCAUAAAUGCUUACAAUUUUAUACAAAAAUCACAAAAAAACAAUGGACGGUUACUUCAAUAUUUAAUAAAUGCCAAUAUUAAAAAACCUGAUUGUCUUACUGAAUUUCCUAUGGACAUACCCAAUGAUCAUAGUGUCACAGAUUUUCUUCAAAUCAAAGUCGAAAACGAGGCCCUUCAUGACUACGACUACAAUGAUUCAAUGCCUGAAAAUGACAAUGAAAACGAAAGAAACUCAACCGACAUCAAUUACGAUUCAGAUGAAAGUGAUUAUGAACCACUUGUUAUUAAAAAACAAAAACUUAAAAAAUUGCAAUGCACGUUUUGUGAUCGUACAUUCAAGCGACAUGACUUUUUCGAGAACCAUAUGAAAAAACACAAAGAGGAGGAUGUAAAGAAAAAAGAACUAGACGAAUCAGGGGACGAGACCAAACUUGAGUGUGAUGAAUGCGAUUUUAGUUGCACUACGCAAACAGAAAUGAGAAAACAUCAAAAAUCAGAUCACAAAAACAGUAAGAACUCAAAGAAAGCACUUAAGACUCGAAGUCAACGUACCAACAUGAGUACCCGAAGCAAAACAAAGAAAACAAAAUCGAAGUCUGGUCGGUUCGAAUGUGACCAUUGCAGUAAAACAUUUGCAUGGAAAAAAGAUCUUUUUCGUCAUGAAAAAUCUCAUGAACCUAACACAAAGAAAUUUGCAUGUCCACAUUGUGAUCGUCGAUUUAUACGAAAGGACAAGCUCCAAUCGCACGUAUUAGUUCAUUUGGGAGGUAUCGUAAAACCCCGUUGUUCAAAGGCAACUCUAGCAUUCUCAAGACAAUUGUAUUCCCAGGAGAAGUUCAAAGAAAUAAUCUGCAGGAUUUGUAACUACGAUAAAGCUGCUAAUGGAAAAGAGUUAUCUCAGCAUAUAAGCUUACACGACAUGCAUGCAUUAGAAAGUAUUGGAGAUAGUGAAUGUGUUAAAAGGUUUUACGCUGGCAGGGAUUUGGAAGAGAUUUCGAUAGUUAUAGCUCAUCAAAUUGAACAGAAAGAUUUUGGAAAAUUGUACACUAUUCUCAAUGCGAACGGUUAUGAGAUGGGUAUCAGUGAUUCAGAUGAGAGUGAUGCAGAAACUCCGUACAAAUGUGAAAUUUGCCAUGAGUCUUUCAACCGAAAACACAAGCUCAUAGCUCAUUCAUAUUCAGGACAUACUGUCGAUGAGUGUUUAUACAAAUGCGAAAAAUGUAAACUAGAAUUUACUUGCAAAGAAGUAUUUGAUAGCCAUCAAAAACAUCAUUGUAACAAUGUCGACAAAGAGUUCCAGUGUGAGAAUUGUCCAGCUAAAUUCGCUUGGCCUCAAAAUCUGGCACUACACAAAUGUAUCAAGGACAGUGAGUCAAACAAGGACAAGACUAUUUGUGAACCUUGUGGAGAAGUUUUCGCGACCCAAAAAGCUUUACGUCUUCAUAAAAAGACAAAGUGUGGUACCGUAGAACUGGAUAAAGAAAGUACUACAUGUGAAAUUUGCAAUAAAGUCUUUAGUUUUCCAAGAGAUCUAAGAAAACAUAAAAAAAUACAUAUACCGGACGGAAAGUCACAUGAUUGUUCUGUAUGUGGCGAAAAGUUCCUUCGUUCGGACAAUCUUCGAAACCAUUUGAAAUCACAUACUAAUAAGUUCGAAAGGCCAUUGGUAGCUAAGAAAUUAAUGUGUAUGCUCUGUAGCCAAAAAUUCACAACCAUAGGUAGCUUAAGGUACCAUUUAUUUAACCAUUCUGAUGGACUUUCCGAAAUUGACUUCGAUAAUUCCGGUUUCGUUGUAAACUUUUACCCUGGUGUAGGCAAAGAAGUUGUUUCAGAGUACAUAAAGAAUUGUUUUAAUGAGCAAAAACUUUCGCAGUUGUACCUGGCAGUGAAUAAAAUAGGUCUUGAGAUGACAUUGAGCGAUUCUGAUAGUGAUGAUGAUGAAUCCUUCAAAGAUCAAGAAUCUGCUUCGAAAACUUACGUUUGUGAAUUGUGUAAUGUUAAGUUUCCCCGGCGACAAGCGAUUCUACAACAUCAGCAUUCAGAACAUGACUCGAAAGAGAAUAAUUUCCCUCACAAAUGUGUGAAAUGUGAAGACCAAUUUGUAUCUGGGGCCCUUUUGGAGCGUCAUUUCAAAAGCGAAUGUCAAAACGAUGCCAGAACCAAUGCUUGCGUAAAAUGCGGCAUUAAAUUCAUUUGGAAGGAGAAUUUAGUGGCUCACACUUGUUUCAAAGAGGAAAAGAGCCCAGAAGAGAAUAAACAAUGUGAAGUAUGUGGUAAGAAGUUCAUAUGGCUUAAAGAUUUGCAUCGACAUAAGCGAAGUCACAUACCAUAUGAGAAGAAAUUCGAGUGCCUCGUGUGUGCUAGAAAGUUUAAUCGCAAGGAUAACAUGAGAGCUCAUAUGAAAGUUCACACCAGUGAAAAUCAAGUUAAGGAUAAAUCCAAGGUAUCGAUUAAGUGGGAACAGCAAGAUGAGAACCUGUGCAAACCUAACGGACAAAAGGUUAUUCAGUGUAAGAUCUGUUUGUCAAAGCAUAACACAAUCAAAGAUUUAACAACACAUUUGAUGAGCCACAAAGAUCCUGCAACUUUCAAACAAAGAGAGGCCGAGGCAAGAGAGAUUUCGAUGAUGAUAUACGGUAAGCAAAUGGAGAUGCAAACAUUGGAAAGAGCAAUUUGCAAGGAUUUAGAAAAGGGUAGUAAUACGCGAUUCUAUUCAAUCACGAAUGAAGCUGGUUAUGAGCUAAAUUUAAAUGAUUCCGAAACGUGUUCAGAUUUUGAUGCGGACGAUGACGAUGAUGAUGAUGACGAUGAUGAUGAUUUGUUAAGAGAUAGGAAACGUGUUCUCAAAGGAUACAACUGCCAAAUAUGUAGCCAAAACUUUAAUAGAAAAUUCAAAAUAUUCGAACAUCAAAAAACAGAGCAUCAAUGGGAGGAACUGCCAUACGAGUGCAAUCGAUGUGGUUCGAAAUAUGUGUGCGAGAGAAUUUAUCAAUUACAUUUGCAGAAUGAUUGUGAAAAUAAUGAGAAGCAAUUUAAAUGUAAGACUUGUCCGAUGAAAUUUGCUUGGAAAGAGAAUCUCAAAAACCACGAGAAAUAUAUGCAUGAUCAAAAUCCAGCAAUGCCAAAGAAACAUCAUUGCGAUAUUUGUGGAAAGAGUUUCCUUUGGGUGAAGGAUUUGACGCGCCAUCAGAAGACACAUCAAACUGAGGAUGAGAAAUUCGAAUGCACUUGGUGCUUUAGAGUCUUUAUGCGGAGGGAUAACCUUAAGGUUCAUAUGAAAGUCCAUCAGAAUGCUACACACAUCCUGUUGCCAGACAUCUAUUACCUUGCUCGACCCAAUGGCGCAAAAGUUGCACAAUGCAAACUAUGCGAUCAGCAGUACACAAACGUCUCUGAUUUAGCAGAACACAUUCAAAAUGGACACAUUAAAUUACAGAUGUUAAGCAUCACUCCCAAUCCAGCAAGCUAUUCAAUAACGAACGCUUUAGGCUAUGAGAUGGACAUAAAUGAUUCCGAAACAGAACGCGAAGGUGACGACGAGAAGUACGUUUGUGAGCUUUGUGAUGCUCGAUAUAACCGACGAUUUAAAUUGCUGCAACAUCAGCAGUCCCUUCAUUAUUCUGACAACAUUCCCCACAAGUGUAUUGAUUGUAGUUUUAAAUGCGUCUCAGAGUUAGUGCUCAAUUAUCACAUGCGCACACAGUGUAUGAAUCUUGUGAAGCAGUUCCGAUGCAGCAAGUGUACUAUGCGUUUUAUGUGGAAGGAGAAUCUUGAAAACCAUGAGAGCUUAAUUCACGACGGUAAACGAAAACACACUUGUACUGUUUGUAAAAAAGAUUUCGCAACACAGCAUGAUUUGAGAAAUCAUACCGAAUGCAAAGCUCCGGCAGAUGAAAAACUCUUUAAAUGUGACUUGUGUGAUCGUAAAUACAACCGAAAAGAUCGACUAAUGAAACAUGCGAAGGUCCACACUGCUGGCGGUAAAGAAACAAAAGCGAAGCGCAUAAAAACAGAAACAUCGGAUAAGAAGUUCUUAUGUGCGUUUUGUGGAAAAGAAGUAUCGAGUUCAUCUAAUCUCGUCAUACAUAUGAGACGGCAUACGGGUGAAAAACCGUUCAAGUGUGAAUUCUGUAAUAAGGGCUUUCCUAGAUCUUCAGAUUUGGCUUGUCAUAGACGAACACAUACUGGUGAACGACCACACAAGUGCACGGUUUGUGAAAAGGCGUUCUCGCGCUCAUACAAACUUCAGACUCAUAUGCGAAUUCAUUCUGGCGAGAGGCCUUACAAGUGCACUUACUGUGAGAAGAGCUUUACCCAAUCCAAUGACUUGACACUUCAUGUACGCCGACAUACAGGUGAAAGGCCGUAUGUAUGUGAAACAUGUGGCGAAAGAUUUAUACAAGGAACUGCACUUAAAAACCAUAGAAGAAUGCGUGGGCAUUAUGAAAUCUAAAUAUUUAAUCAGCAAUUUUUUUCUUAGCGUAACUUUAUAGAAUUGUAAAAAGCAUUACAAAAACUUUUAAUAUAACAACAAUUAUGUACUAUGUAGUUUUAAA